AUGCGCGGGCCGCGAGGGGGGGCGGGGCCGCGGUUAGAGCGCGCUCCUCCGCUGCGCGUGCGCAGACGGGCGCGAGAGCUAACUCCUCCGCUGCGCGUGCGCGGAGUGGCGGGGUCGCGGUUAGAGCGCUCUCCUCCGCUGCGCUUGCGCAGACGGGCGCGGGAGGGGCGGGGCCGCGGUUGGAGCGCGGUCCUCCGCUGCGCAUGCGCAGAGGGGCGCCCACCUCGGAAAGCGAAGGCGGCGGGUGGGGAAUCGCGUUCUAGCGAAGACCCACGUGAAGGACGCCCGGCCCACGGAUCGAAAUCGCCCACUCGGCGGAACCAUGACUCCACCAGGCAGCCGGUGCCCGAGGACCUGGCCGGCGCGGCGGGGGACCGGCCCGCUUCUGGUGACCCUCGUCCUGUUGCCGCGGCCGGCCGCGGCCGGCCCCAGCCCGACUUUGCCUCCGCCGGGCGGCAGAGAGCGGACGUCUCGCCUGACUUCCUGUCGCAGUUGGGGAGGUCUCUCCGGGAGACCCUGGAGGCCUGGAUCGGGCCGGAGACCUGGCACGUGGUGGCGGAGACCCUGACUCAGAUGCUGUGGGCCAUAUCUUCCGCCAUUUCCGUGGCUUUUUUCGCAUUAUCCGGGAUCUCUGCCCAGCUCCUCGAUGCCCUGGGGCUGGAUGGGGACUACUUGACCGAAGGCCUGAAGCUGAGCCCCGGGCAGGUGCAGACCUUCCUGCUGUGGGGGACGGGGGCCCUGGUGGGCUACUGGGCGGUGUCCCUGCUCCUGGGGCUGGCGCUGGCCGUGCUGGGCCGGAUCCUGUGGGGGCUGAAGCUGGCGCUCUUCCUGGCGGGCUUCGUGGCGGUGGUGCGGACGGUGCCGGAGCCCUCGGCGCGGGCCGGGGCGCUGCUGGGGCUGCUGACGCUGUACGCCGCGCUCGGCCGGCUGAGCGGCGGCGGGGCCUCGGGCGCCGCGCGGCUGGAGGCCAAGGUGCGGGGGCUGGAGCGCCAGGUGGAGGAGCUGCGAUGGCGCCAGCGGCGGGCCGCCAAGGCCUCCAGGAACGCCGAAGAGUGAGGGCGGCCGGGCCGGGCGGGGGCCGGGCCGGGCCGGGCCGGCGGGGGCCUCCGUGGAGGGAGAGGGGCGCUCGUCCCAACCUCUCAUCCGUCGAACCAAAGAGCCGAUUCCGCCUCCCUCCUCCCGGCCUUCCGCUCGCCCCUCGUCCCCCUCCGCAAGCGUCGGAGGUCAGCGGUCCGGUCCCUUCCCACCUUCUUUUUCUCCCUCCCUUCUCCCCCCCCCCCCCCGCUCAUCUCCCCCGGGGGGGCGGGGGACGGACCUUCGGAGUGAGUUCUCUCACCCCUUCCCUGGCCGGCCAGCCCGUCAGAGCCCCGACUCCCGCUGCCCCGGUGGAGCGGAGGAAAGUCCCGCCGGGUUUCCCGGCUUCCCUUUCCACCUCCGGAGUCUGUCAGACCCCCACGGCCCCGGCUUCCCACCCCGCAGGGACGGAGGGCUCUGCCCUACCGCCACCCCCUCCCCGAUCCUGCCCAAUACCCGGUUGCAUCUCCUCUGUGCCCCGCUCCCCUCCCGUCCUCCGCCCGCUCAUUUCGCAGCGACGCCGGGGCUCCCCGGAGCGACGUCCCGGGCCCCGCCCCCGCGCCCCAGAACUCUCCUGCGGCUUGAGGGGUAGUUGGGAUUUGGAGGAGAAAGGGAGGGGGUUUUAAAGUCUGUGGAAAGUGCCUUAAUCCGAACCGGCGGCGCCUGCCGUUUGCCCUCAGAACCGUAGAAGAGAAUCACCUUCGAGGUGCGAUUCCUCUCCCAGUACGAAACCCGAGCCCCUUCCGUCUCUCCCCUGGCCUCCCACGCCGCCGGCAAAGGAGAUGGCCCGGUGGGGGCCCGACCCCGGGCGUAGGUCUGGGGGCAGUGCCGGAGCUGAGGUCUGCCGGUCGCUUCGGAGAGAGACAGAGACGGGGACCCGAGACCCUCCCGAGGUUCUGUCGGACAGGGCCCACGGUGGGGGACGCAUCUCCCCCUGAAGCUCUAGUGAGGUGUCUCGCCGUCCAUCGUAUCCCCGACCUGGAAGAGCUGCCGUGAGGCCUUGGAAGAUCCCACGCCUCGUCCAGCCCUCGGUCACGUCGUGGUUCGAUGUGGGAUCGCGGUUGCGGUGAUAUAUAUAUAUAUAUAUAUAUAUUUUUAAAGGUCAAUCUUGUUUUUAAGGAAGCAGAUGCGCGCGCUAUUUUAUUAUCUAGGUCGAUAUAAAAUGUAUUUAACCGGG